AUGGAGAAUGAAGAGCGGAAACCGAAGGAUUUUCUCGAUGAAAAAUACAUCAAACAAGAGCCCGAGGACUUCAACGAUGAAACACUGUCCGAUUCAGUUGAUGAGACAUAUGAAUACAAAUCAGAGAUGAAUCAAUACAAUUCUUAUGAGGAAACGACGGAAAUUAAACAGUCCGAAAGAGAAGAAGAUGAAGAAGAUGAUCCAUACGACGCGUUGCUCACUAAUGAUCCCGUUCAUCGAAAUUAUGAACAACUGAAUGUUGUUCAAAAAUACUUCCUGCAUAAUCAAAAUAGUAUUCCACGUUUCUCGAUUCGUGCAGAUAUUGACGCAAUUGGACCGACCAGGAAACCUGGUCGACCGAGGAAAUAUGAGAUUCCUGACCAUGAUCCCAGAGAGAUCUCCGUCCACCGUAGCUCCAUGGUAGAAGCUGGGAGUGAAUCACAGAAUAGUGGCGAAACAAGAAUAAGUCCCGUUCAAGAACGGAAACCACGUCGUGAUCGAUGCUCAGUUUGUACUAGUACACGAUUAAGAAAGAAGAUGAAAUGCGUGACGGCUGCAGAAGAAAGACUCAUGCUAUUCAUCGGAUCUGUUCUUCAUGGAGAUUUGACCGUCGAGAAAGCCAAAUUGCAUUUGUAUUCAUGCGACCGAAAAUACAUCUGUCGAUCCCAUUUCAUUAGCACUGCCGAGUCGAUUUGCAAGGGGCUGGGUAUCGAGAAUUGUGACAAUGUAUACUCGUGCUCUCCUGAAUUGAUGAAGAAAGUUUUGGCUACUGCCAAUGAAUUUUAUCCGAUAGAUUCUUCACGAUUCAAGAUUAUGGUAGCGAACUUCGCCAAUCGGAAUAAUUAUAUUGUCGAAAAUGGCAAUACAAGCUCAGACGAUGAUUCUAUGAAUAAUUUAAAUUUCAACCAAAGAAUUCAACGACCUCGGAAACCGCGUGUGCCAUCAGCACGUUGUUCGAUUUGCACGAAAUCUGAAGACCGCCGAAAAAUGAAACAGUUAUCGGCUUAUAAGGAGAAGGUCAUUCUCAUGACCGUUUGGUUCCUCCAUGAAGUAUUCACGAUUCAACAAGUCAAAGAUUUCGUUACCGGUCGGAAACUUCACUCCGUGUGCAACCAUCAUUUCAUUGACGUCAUCAGCCGAAUAUUCGAUAUUUUGGGUAUCAAAACGUACGGUGAAAUAGCCAGAUGUUCAUCAGAAAACAUUGAAAAGAUUAUGGUUACUGUGAAUUCAAUUGACCCAGAUAUGCGACCAGCUCAAUUCAUACGUGCCUUUCAGAGAUUUGUCCACCUAAAUAUGAAAAGAAAAGAGUGGUGA